GUGACCCAUCUCUGUCUCCCCACCCUACCCCCUGUCGCUCCCUCCCUCCCCCCUCCCACCAUCGCCAUGGACAUUGGGGGCCUGGAGACGGUGGUAGCCAACUCAGCCUUUGUGGCAGCCCGUGGCAGCAUCGACAGCCAGGUGGGGGCACCGGUGCGGGACAAGAAGAUGCGGGACCGCCUCCGUCUUCCCCACAUCUCACAGUGCGAGGAGCUGCGGGAGGCAUCUGCUGGCGACCCCUUCCACAGCACAUGCCUCCAGCAGCCCUUGGGCCGCCGCCUCUUCCGGCAGUUCCUGGAGGCCCCUGAGAGCCCCUAUGAAGCGCCUGCAGGGCUCUGGAAGGCCCUUGAAGAAUACGGGGAGGCUGAGGAGGCCGAACGGAGACAACGGGCUCAACAGGCCAUCAACCGGUUCUUGGAGGUGUCUUCACCACUCUUCUGCGCCUUUCUGGAGGAGAAGACGUUGGCCAAAGUCAAGGCUGAAGCCAACCAGGCCCGGGGAGACCUCUUCAAAGAGGUGGAAGAAGAGCUUCUCCAACAUCUGGAGGCCCAGGCAUGGGGCCCCUUCCAGGACAGCCCCUUCUUCUCCCGCUUCCUCCAGUUCAAGUGGUUGGAGGCCCAGCCAGUGAUGGAGGAAUGGUUCCUCGACUUCCGGGUGUUGGGCAAAGGGGGGUUUGGGGAGGUCUGUGCUACGCAGAUGCGGGCCACUGGCAAGAUGUACGCCAACAAGCGGCUCAACAAGAAGCGCCUCAAGAAGAGGCGGGGCUACGAGGGCGCCAUCGUGGAGAAGCGCAUCCUGGCCAAGGUGCAUAGCCGCUUUGUGGUGACACUGGCCUACGCCUUCCAGACCAAGACAGACCUCUGCCUCGUCAUGACCCUCAUGAAUGGUGGCGACCUCCGGUACCACAUGUACAAUGUGGAUGAGAAGAACCCGGGCUUCCCGGAGCCACGCGCCAUCUUCUACACGGCCCAGAUCAUCUGCGGCCUGGAGCACCUCCACCAGAGCCGCAUCAUCUACCGCGACCUCAAGCCCGAGAAUGUGCUGCUCGAUGACGCCGGCCACGUGCGCCUCUCUGACAUGGGGCUGGCUGUGGAACUGCCCAAGGGGCAAGUGAAAACCAAGGGGUAUGCGGGGACCCCAGGGUUCAUGGCACCAGAGCUGCUGCGGCAGGAGGAGUAUGACUGGAGCGUGGACUACUUCACGUUGGGCGUCACCCUCUAUGAGAUGAUCGAGGCCAAGGGGCCCUUUCGGACCCGGGGGGAAAAGGUGGAGAACAAGGAGGUGACACGGCGCAUCCUGAAUGACCCUGUGAGCUACUCGGAGAAGUUCAGCCCCGAGUGCCAGGCGACGUGUGAGGGGCUGCUAGUGAAGGACCCCACUGGGCGCCUUGGCUUCAAGGACAACAGCUGUGCUGAGCUCAAGGCCCAGCCUCUCUUCCGCACUGUCAACUGGGAGCGUCUGGCGGCAGGCCUGUUGGCACCCCCGUUUGUGCCCGACCCCCGCAUGGUCUACGCCAAGGACAUCGACGAUGUGGGUGCCUUCUCCACCGUGAAGGGCGUGGUGCUGGAUGAGACUGACCGGGUCUUCUACGAGGACUUCGCCUCUGGCACUGUGCCCGUGUCGUGGCAGGAGGAGAUGCUCGAGACAGGCGUCUUCGGCGAGCUUAACGUCUGGGGGCCCCCCGGCACCCUGCCCCCUGAUCUGGAUCACAAUGUCAGCCCUGAUGCCGGGUCUGCCAAGUCAGGGGCCUGCUGCCUUCUCUGAGACCACCCCCCGCCCCGCCUUCUCAGGAAGGCCUAGAGGGACAGGGAGGCUCCACACCCCCCAACCCUCCCCCCCAUCCAUUUCCACAGGACCCAGGUGUCCGGGUUUUCUCCCCAGAGUGGGGGGACAGCCCCCCACAUCUGCCCUUCCCAGAGCAGGGAGGGAACCCAGGUUUCCCAGCUCCCCCCCUGCAAAGCCCACACCCCAUCCCCAGGGAGAGGAAAGAACCCAGGUUUCCAGGCUCCCAUCACCCCCUGCUCUGACCCCCAGCCCUGACUCCCCUCCUGGAACUGGGAGCCCAGACACCUGGGUCCUCUCCCUGGCUGUGGAGGAGGAUAGCAGGGGACUCUUGGGUCCUUUCCUUGCCUGGGGGUGCUGGCGGGUUAUAGCAGGGGUUGCUGGGAUCCCGGAUGCCCGGGUUCUUUCCCCAUAACUCUAGCAGGGGUCGUUUGGAGUGGGGGCCCGGACACCACGGUCCUACCCCCGGGCAGGUGAGGCAGAGGCUCCCAGCUCUAGGCCAUGUUCAUCUUAUUUACUCGUCAGAAGUCAAACAACUUACUAGCAUUUUACACCCCUUAACUCCACCUCUGCCCCUCCCAGCACCUGCCCAGGGAGACCCUGGACCCUCAGGGACCAGAAUAGAACCCAGGCAUCCUGCUCCCCUGUCCACCCUACCUCUCCCUCCAGGGGUACCCCAACUGCUGUAGUUCACCCCCCCCCCCCAUCACCCACAGCGCUGUAGGCGAUUUUGUAUAAAAGAAUACAAUUGGGUUGUGAUCACU